AUUACGUACCAGAUUAAAUGCCAUCUUCCUUCCUUUCUCUACCGGCGGGACAACGUUCCAAGUCUUCAACACCUCCAAACACGGCCCAACGAAGACCCCUCGCAGACGCUCUCCCUCUAAAUUGUCGGUCUCCUUGGCUUUCUGUCGAUUUCUGUGGAAUUUGUUCAAUCGUUACUUCUCCUUUGUAUCAGUUACUGCUCACAUAUGCUCAAACAAAUCAUUCAUUGAUAUUCUUUUGUAUAGUUGUUUUUUUCUCCUCUUCUUUCUUUUAUCUUUUCUCGUUUUUUGGCUUUGUGAUUUUUUCAAUUCGGCUCGCGAUCUAUUCCGCAUAAGCAGUGACAAGUUCCCUUUGCUCCGACGUCGAAGUUUAUGUUUUGAGGAUGCUGAUGAUAUGAUGAAUCAAGGAAGCAAUACGCAGACUGUAGCUCCGGCGGGUCCAAAUUCGCUUGAGACUAGACAUGUUACUGAUGCGAGCCAAGGAGAGACAGCUUCAUAUUUUCCUUCCACGACUAGGUCUGAAGCUGUAUUGUGGACCUUGCCUAGGGCGGAUAAUCCUUCUGUGGAGAAUGGAACUCCAAGUUCUGAUUAUCCAUAUGAGCAGCAGCCCAUGAGAAUCAUACAAGAUGGGUCAAAUGCAACAUCCGCUGCCAGUUCAUCAAGUUUAGGGACAACAAAUGCUUCACAAGCAUACAAUGGCUAUGCAUCAUACCCGAAUUCUUCAGAUCCAUACGGUUAUGGAAACGCAGGAUACCCAGGUUACUAUAGCGGUUAUCAUCAACAUCAACAAACCAAUCAUUCAUAUGCUCAGCCUGCAGAAGCAUAUCAAAACACAGGUGCUCCUCAUCAGCCUAUUUCCUCAUUUAAGAAUACAGGGUCUUAUGCUGGGCCUGCAAGUUAUUCAGGCACUUACUACAAUCCUGGUACUUAUCAGACAGCUGGAGCUUACCCAAGUGGCGGUUAUAGUAAUCAGACUACUGUGUGGAAUGAAGGAAAUUAUGCAAACUAUGCCCCUCAUCAGUACUCGAACUAUAUUUCGGACACAACGGGUACAUAUAGUUCUGGUACUGUAGCUGCUACUACUCAACAAUAUCAACAGCAUUACCAGCAAUGGGCAGACUACUCCAGUCAGACGGAAGUUAUUUGUGCUCCUGGUACUGAAAAUUUGUCUGUUGCUAGUACAUCUAACCAGGGACUUUCAGCUCCUAGCACCAGUAUUGUGUAUCCAACUUCAAACAGUCAGCCACCUCCAUCUUCUAAUCCAUCUUGGAGACCGGACUCUGGUUUAUCUGAGUUGCCUUCCUUGCAGCCCAAUGCAGCAGCUAGUGGUGCACAUGAUAGUUACUGGAAACAGAGGGUUCCAAGCUUUCAAAAUCACCAUGCUAGUCCUGUGCAAACACACUUCCAAAAACCUUUGGAUUCACAAAAUUCUUAUAAUAAUUUUCAGGAUCAACAGAAGAGUGCCUAUCCUCAGGUACCUAAUUCACAAAAUCCUGCUCCUCAUCAGGUGCUCCAAAGUUUUCAAUCUCCCCAUCGGGUGCCCCAGACUUAUCAACCUCCUCAUCUGGUGCCCCAGACUUAUCAACCUCCUCAUCUGGUGCCCCAGACUUAUCAACCAUCUCAUCUGGUGCCCCAGACUUAUCAGUCACCGCAGCCCCAGAAUUGCCAAUCGCCUCAACAAAGUGUUCCUUCUUUAGAUUUGCGAAGGGGAACCAAAGUGCAGAUCCCAACAAAUCCUAGAAUCGCUUCAAAUUUGGCUUUGGGUUUACCAAAAAGUGAUAAGGAUAGCUAUACAGCCAGUGCGACAGUGAAACCUGCUUAUAUUAGUGUGUCGCUGCCAAAGCCAAAUGACAGUGUGUCGUCUAAUGAUGCUGUUAAUGGCGUCAUUAAGCCUGAUUCGUUUCCCAAGUCACUACGUGGUUAUGUUGAAAGAGCUUUAGCUCGCUGUAAAGAUGAUGCACAACUUGCUGCUUGUCAGGCUGCAAUGAAGGAGAUUAUAACAAAGGCGACUGCUGAUGGUACACUUCAUACUCGUGACUGGGAUACUGAGCCUCUUUUUCCAUUACCAAGCCCAAAUAUAGCCAAUAAAGACAAUUUACAUUAUGCAGCUCCUGUUUCUUCCUUACCCAAGUUUAAAAGGAGUCCAAGUAGGCGAUCAAAAAGUAGGUGGGAGCCGUUACCUGAGGAGAAAUCAAUUGACAAACCAGUUUCUGUCAGUAAUGAUACUGUAAAAUAUGGUGGUUGGGACAGAAAGCCAUUAAGUGUCAAUUCCAACAGUAAGGAGGAUGGUUUAACUAGUGCCAAAUUUUCUCUAAACAACAAGAAAUUCUCAAGCAAAAAUGCCCAGAGACGAGUGAAGAAGCAGCGUUUAGCUGAUGCUUGUAAUGCUGCUGAUAAUGGUGAUGCAUCAAGUGACAGUGAUAAGAAACAGACUUUAACAGCAUAUUAUUCAGGUGCAAUAGCACUUGCAAAUUCACCAGAUGAAAGAAAGAGACGUGAAAACCGCUUUAAGCGAUUUGAGAAGGGACAGGGAAAUCAAGCAGAGAUUAAUUACUCCAAAGCAAAAAAAGUUGGAAAUGAAAACUUAUACAAUAGAAGGGCUAGUGCCUUGGUGCUUAGCCAAAACUUCGAUGAUGGUGCUAGCAAGGCUGUUGAAGACAUUGACUGGGAUGCGCUGACUGUUAAGGGGACCUGCCAGGACAUUGAGAAACGCUAUUUGCGCCUUACUUCUGCACCUGAUCCAACCACUGUAAGACCUGGAGAAGUGCUUCAAAAAGCUCUUCUUAUGGUUCAAAAUUCUCAUAAGAACUAUCUUUACAAAUGUGACCAAUUGAAGUCUAUUCGCCAAGAUUUAACUGUACAAAGAAUACACAAUCAACUAACCGUUAAGGUGUAUGAGACUCAUGCUCGAUUAGCACUGGAAGUUGGUGACUUGCCCGAGUACAAUCAGUGCCAAUCACAGCUGAUGACUCUUUAUGCUGAAGGAAUUGCGGGAUGCCAUAUGGAGUUUGCAGCAUACAACUUACUAUGUGUUAUUUUGCACUCUAAUAACAACAGAGAUGUCUUAUCAUCAAUGUCAAGAUUAUCAGAUAAGGCAAAGCAAGAUGAAGCUGUCAAACAUGCUCUUGCUGUUCGUAGAGCUGUCACGUCAGGGAAUUAUGUUAUGUUCUUCAAACUAUACAAGAGCGCUCCGAACUUGAAUGCUUGCCAUAUGGAUCUUUACGUUGAAAAGAUGCGAUAUAAGGCUGUGAGUUGCAUGUCUCGGUCCUAUCGCCCUACGGUACCAGUUUCAUACAUAGCAAAUGUUCUUGGCUUCACCAGAGUCUUGCCUAUAAAUGAAGUCAGUCGAGAGGUUUCAGAUGGGCUAGAGGAGUGUUUGGAAUGGUUGAAGGCACAUGGUGCAUGCCUUACUACUGAUAAUAUUGGAGAGUUGCAGCUUGAUACAAAGACAUCAUCUUCUAGUCUCUACAUGCCAGAGCCUGAUGAUGCUGUGGCUCAUGGAGAUGCCAGUUUAGCUGUUAAUGAUUUUCUGGCACGGACUUCUUUAUAGCCAGGUGAAUGUAGUUGAACUAUAUUUGGAAGCACUAGUAUGUUAGGGUGGAAAGUAUGCUACCCUCAGGGCACUACCUAGAUUAAAGAGGAGUUUUUACUGGAGACUUUGGAGGUUGAAAAGGAAAUAUGGGUUUGCUUGUAACUUUGGAGAAGGCAAAUCAGAGAUUGUAUAAAAUGAAUAGGAAUUGAAAAGGAAUUCAUUUUCCCCUUAGAAACCGUUUUAACAAGAUGAUGGCAGAAGGGGAUAGAAGUAGCAUUUUAGUGUUUUGAUUAGGGUUUUCUUUCUCAACAUAAUAUAUUGGGCAGUGGCUGAUUCUUUCUGGUUGAAGAGAACAUUUUAAUUAGUCUUGAGAAUUAGAAAUAUAAGUACCAUGUAAUUGUUGUAUGUAUAUUAAAUCUAUAGUUUCAUCAUCACUUCAGAUGUUUCUUUUAUUAUUAUUAUUAUUUAUUUAUUGUGAUUUGUUGCUUUAUUUAAGCAACACUAAUUAAUAAGAUAUUCAGAGAUAUAUAUUUACCCUUU